CAGCUGACUGAGUGAGAUGCUCUGUUGAAGGACCAUUGAGUCGAAAACCUGCUAUUAUAUACGCUAUGUAUGGGAAGCUGCGAAUACUUAACUGAAUUACACUGUGUGGACCUGUGGACCAAAUACUCAAGCCAUUAGACACAUCGUGACUUCCUUACAUUAGAGGCCCAGUGGACAAACCUCUUACCAGCAGCCAUGACAGAAUUCUGGUUGAUCUCUGCUCCGGGGGAGAAGACGUGCCAGCAGACUUGGGACAAGCUGAUGGUGGCCACCACACGCACCAACAACCUGUCCACUAACAACAAGUUCAACAUCCCUGAUCUCAAGGUCGGAACACUAGACGUCUUAGUGGGGCUGUCGGAUGAACUCGCUAAACUGGACACUUUUGUGGAAAGUGUGGUGAAAAAGGUCGCUCAGUACAUGGCCGAUGUUCUGGAGGACAGCCGAGACAAAGUCCAGGAGAAUCUGCUUGCUAAUGGAGUUGACCUGGUCACCUAUAUCACCAGAUUUCAGUGGGACAUGGCCAAGUAUCCAAUCAAACAGUCGCUGAAAAACAUCUCUGAGAUCAUCUCAAAGCAAGCCACUCAGAUAGACAACGACCUGAAGGCCCGAGCUUCAGCCUACAACAACCUGAAGGGAAACCUGCAGAACCUGGAGAGGAAGAAUGCGGGGAGCUUGUUGACCAGGAGUUUGGCUGACAUAGUGAAGAAAGAGGACUUUGUACUGGACUCAGAGUACCUGAUUACCAUGCUGGUGGUUGUACCAAAGACAGGCUACGCGGACUGGCAGAAGACGUAUGAAACCCUGGCCGAAAUGGUGGUGCCACGCUCCACUAAGCUGCUGUUUGAAGACAACGACAGCGGCCUGUUCAGUGUCACUCUCUUCAGGAAGGCCAUAGACGACUUCAAGCACAAGGCCAGAGAAAACAAGUUUACAGUGCGUGAUUUCCAGUACAACGAGGAGGAGAUGAAGGCAGACAAAGAAGAGAUGACACGUUUGUCCACUGACAAGAAGAAACAGUUUGGGCCUUUGGUCCGAUGGCUGAAAGUGAAUUUCAGUGAAGCCUUCAUCGCGUGGAUUCACAUAAAAGCUCUGCGUGUGUUCGUGGAAUCAGUACUGAGAUAUGGGCUGCCAGUGAACUUCCAGGCCAUGCUUCUCCAGCCCAACAAGAAGAACAUGAAGAAGCUGAGGGAGGUGCUGUACGACCUGUACAAACACCUGGACAGCAGCGCUGCCAUCAUUGAUGCCUCUAUGGACAUCCCAGGGCUGAACUUGAGCCAGCAGGAGUACUACCCCUAUGUUUACUACAAGAUCGACUGCAACCUGCUGGACUUCAAAGUCUAGAUACAUUGCCAUCAUCAUCUCACUCUCAUUGUGUGCGGUAGUGUCGUGGUGUGACACGUUCACAUCCCCAAGCUUUAAUUUAUUUCCUGUUUUUUUCCAUCUUCUGUGUUCUCGUCCUCUUUUCCUCGCUCCUGGUCCUGAUACAUUCCUGGGUCCAUACGGAAUAAGUUGUUGAACUUUUGUCCUGAGACUAAAUAUGGGCCGUCGUCUUUGUCGUUACUUCCUCGUUGUACCAAGCUGUAAAAGUGAGUCGAUACCCAGUUUGCUCCCACCAAAAUGGUUGACAUUCUUUCAUGGUGUCAAAGGACAUGUAAAAAUGCUACAUUUUUAUUGUUGUUUAUUUCUCCUGUCACCAAACUUUAUUUAAAGCAGCGAAAACGGCACACAUGACGGGGGAAACGGGGAGAAAACUUAAUGUAUGUUAAAUACAGUAUUUAUUUAAGGCCUCUCAAAUCAGUGAACAUGUUUUUGUUUGUUCAGUUUUUGAAAGUGAUGUGGUUUUAGCUCCUUGUGAGGAAUGUCUGUUUACAAGUAGAUGUUGACCCCACUCAAGCUCUAAUUCUGUGAAAUACUGAGACAAGGUCAUUUUACAGUCUAAAGAAGCAAUAUGUUUACUGAUUGUAUGCUUCUAUAAUAUCUGUAUAUUAAGCAGUUUGAGAAAAAAUAAUUAUAGGUCUAUGUGCAAAUACUGUAUCAUCAGUGCAACUGAAAAUUGAACCACAUAUUUAAAAUAAAUGUGAAAAAUAAAUACUCUAUAUGGAAUAUACUUCACUUUGGCUCACUGUGCUUUUUAACUGCAGUAUCAAGGUUGCAAACCUUCUCAGGCUCAUAUAAACCAGCAUCAAAAUCAUUAUCAGUGCCAUGUAUGCUCAUAGAGAUAUAAGGCUUUUAAUUUAAAAGGAAUGUGAAAUCAUU